AACAGCUGUAGCAAAAGCAGCAAACGUUUUGUUUACAACGACAACGAGGAUCGAAAUUUUAGAAAAAGUCUGUAAACAAGUUUAAAUUAAGUGGUAAACAUGUCGCUGGCUGAUGAAUUACUUGCUGAUCUCGAGGAGGACAACGACAAUGAUGCCGACGAUGCCGAAAUGGCCGAUGCCGACGAGGCGGAGCAGGCCACACUCACCCAAGAGCUCGCCGAGAAACUGCUGAAGCCGACACCAAACCUCAUGGAAGUGGAUGUGACGGUUCAAUCGGUACGAGAGCUGUGCAAACUUCGGGACUCAGAUCGCUUGCAGAAUACACUUAAGCAAAUCGAGCACUAUGCGAGCCGUCAACGCACCGCUGCCGAAAUGUUGGGCAGCGUGGAAUCCGAUCCGGAAUAUUGUCUGAUUGUGGAUGCAAAUGCCAUUGCUGUGGAUGUGGACAACGAGAUAUCCAUCAUACACAAGUUUACCAAAGAAAAGUAUCAGAAACGUUUUCCCGAACUCGAUUCGCUAAUUGUCGGCGAGAUUGAGUAUUUGUUGGCUGUCAAGGAGCUGGGCAAUGAUUUGGAUCAGGUGAAGAACAACGAGAAGCUGCAGGCAAUCUUGACGCAGGCUACCAUCAUGAUAGUCUCGGUGACUGCAUCCACCACACAGGGCACAAUGUUGACGCCCGCCGAGAAGGCAAAGAUCGAUGAGGCUUGCGAAAUGGCCAUCGAGCUGAAUAACUUCAAGUCGAAGAUCUACGAGUAUGUGGAGAGUCGCAUGACCUUCAUAGCACCCAACUUAUCUAUGAUUGUGGGCGCAUCCACAGCUGCCAAGCUGCUGGGUAUUGCUGGCGGCCUCACAAAGCUCUCAAAGAUGCCUGCCUGCAAUGUGCAGGUGCUGGGCUCCCAGAAGAAGACGCUCUCGGGCUUCUCACAGACUCAAAUGUUGCCGCACACCGGCUAUGUCUACUACUCACAGAUUGUGCAGGACACGGCACCCGAUUUGCGUCGCAAGGCAGCUCGCUUGGUGGCAGCCAAAUCUGUGUUGGCUGCCCGCGUUGAUGCGUGCCAUGAGAGCGUGCAUGGCGAGAUUGGACUCAAGUUCAAGGAGGACAUUGAGAAGAAGCUAGACAAGCUGCAAGAACCGCCACCGGUGAAGUUCAUUAAGCCGCUGCCCAAGCCCAUUGAGGGCAGCAAGAAGAAACGCGGUGGAAAGCGUGUGCGAAAGAUGAAGGAGCGCUAUGCAUUGACCGAGUUCCGCAAGCAGGCAAACCGCAUGAACUUUGGCGAUAUCGAAGAAGAUGCCUACCAGGGAGAUUUGGGUUACUCUCGAGGCACAAUUGGCAAAACGGGCACUGGACGCAUUCGUCUGCCGCAGCUGGAUGAGAAGACUAAGGUGCGCAUCAGCAAAACACUGCAGAAGAAUCUACAGAAGCAACAAGUCUACGGCGGCAACACAACAGUCAAACGUCAAAUCUCUGGUACAGCUUCCAGCGUGGCUUUUACUCCACUCCAGGGUCUGGAAAUUGUCAAUCCCCAAGCAGCGGAACGUUCGCAUACCGAAGCCAAGUAUUUCUCAAAUACCUCUGGCUUUUUAUCGGUGGGCAAACGAACCACUUAAGACUACUGCGAAUUACGAAUUCCGUUUUUCUUAUAAAUAUAAGCACUUUAUUUAGAGAUUUGUCGGGGCAUUGAGAAAAAUUCGAUGCGCUUGUGGAAUGAGUUUAUGGGCUAAUAAAGCUGCAGAGAUUCCUGAAAUUA